CGUGUUUCUCGGUGACGGGCUGGACUGGGGUCUGUUUUUUUCCCGCGGCUCUGAGUGAAUCUGGGGAGAGGAGACUGAGAGCGCAGAGACUCCGUUCAGCAGCAGCAUCCGAGGUAUCUGAAACCAUCAGCAUCGAGAGUGCAAUGGCGUCCUCUGGAGAUAUUCAGGUUAAGGAGCUCGACAAGCGUGCUUCAGGCCAAGCAUUUGAGGUCAUUCUGAGCCCCUCGGCACCAGAGGGCAAAGGAGAUUUCCCUCUGUCCACUCCAAAAAAGAAGGAGGUGUCUUUGGAUGAGAUUCAGAAGAAGCUGGAUGCAGCAGAGGAGAGACGCAAAAAUCAUGAGGCAGAGGUCCUAAAACACUUGGCUGAGAAGCGAGAGCAUGAGAAGGAGGUUCUCCAGAAAGCAAUGGAGGAGAACAACAACUUCAGCAAGAUGGCAGAGGAGAAACUCAACCUGAAAAUGGAAGCAAACAAAGAAAACCGCACAAAACAGAUGGCCGCAAUGAACGAGAAGUUCAAGGAGAAGGACAAGAAAAUUGAAGAAGUCCGAAAGAACAAAGAGACAAAAGAGGACGGAGGCGAGGAGGACAACUGAGUUUUGCGUCUUUUUUUUUUGGUUCUAUUCACUUUAGGGAAUAGUAUUGGGUUUUUUACGUAUCCAAAGAUUUAUUUUUGUUCCAUUAUGGCCAGUAUUAUUUGUUCGGUUUUGUGUUAUUGACACUUUUUUAUCUGACUAGGGGAGAAGCAGGUGCACAAUGUUAUUUUCAUCUCUUCAUGUUCAGAUCUAUUUUGCAUCCCCAUCACCUGGGGCCAGUUUUUCAAAGCUUUAAAUUCUUAUCCAAAUUGUCUGGAUAAUUAGAUUCCACCUGUUUCUAUCAAUAAUCUAAAUGAUCUCAUAGAUGUUGUCCCAGUUUUUCCAGAACAUAUUCAGACUGGAUAACAUUGGUCCACAUAUCACAUGAUAAGGAUUUCUAGAUCUUGCUACAAUAUGUGACCAUCUGCUGGACAAAUAUUAUUUUAGAAUUUACUGUUAAUGCAAAAGGGAUCGAAUUAAUAAACCACUUUAUUGGACAAAAUACUUUUAUUUUCAUCUACUCUGUUAAUAAAUAAAAUGUUUAGAAAUUCAAUUGUUAUAAUUUUUUAUCACUGCCAAUAUUUUAAUAAUACUAAUCAGCUUUGGUUUCAUUGUAGAAAUAUCUGUUAAAUUCUGGGCUGUUUGAAUGACCAUACAAUGUUCAUUUAACUCCCAUUUAAAGUUAACAAAACAAAAACCUGUGUUUCACAUUCGAUUAACUUAUUAUUUAAAGACAAAUUUAUUCCAAAUUUUAAUACAAGAUUCAGAUACGUUUCGAAAAACUGGCCCCUGUAGAUUUGUCCAACUGCAGCUUUUGACCUGUAAACUAAGCAGUGUUUUACCCUAAAGGGAAGCAUGCCUGUGUUACGCAUAGGUCUGUAACUUUGUGUGUUGCAUUGUGCAAGUUGACUUGUACCUGUUUAUGUCAGAACUCCAGUUCUUUGGGCUUAAUAAAGUUGCACAGUUAUUUGUUAUUGUAA